UUGCUCCAGGACAGCGACGGCCUGGCAUGGCCUGGUCUGCUUCUGGGCGGGGUCGUCUGUUCUUGCACCGGGAAGCUCAGCCCAGCCCGGGCACUGGGAUAUGAGGAGCCGCAUUGCCCAAGGCAUCCGAGCAGAGCCACUGCGAUGCUCACGUGAUCCUCGAGUCCAUAUCUUCGGCCGUGUGCAACCAUUCCACAACUCACCUCUCACCCACCGCCGAGUGCGAUCCGAACGACCCCGCCAUGUCGGAGCCGCCGACAUCCCACGACAAUCUCGUCCAUCUCGAGCAUGAAUACGAGCUCGAAAACCUCAAAGAGGUCGAGCGGGAGCAUAGUGCCCACCGACACUCGCACAUCACCAUCCACUCCAGCUAUCUUGUCCUGCUUCUGUCGUUUGUGUUUUUCUCGAUCCUGGGCACCUGCAUCCGCCUCGGGCUUCUUGCCGUGUUUGCUUACAGCGACUCGCCGGUGGCCAGCAUUGUCUACCCCCAAAUUGUCGGGUGCGCUAUCAUCGGCUUUGUGAACGUCUACAAGUCCGAAAUCACUGUCGGAUAUUAUCCGCUCUACAUCGGCCUCACCACGGGGCUCUGCGGCUCUAUCACCACCUUUUCGUCCUGGAGUCUCGCUACAUUCAAGUCGUUCAUGUCGCCCAGUCCAGGGAUUGGCUAUCAGAUCGCUUCGUUCCUGGCCUUGAUUGUGUCGACCAUUGCCAUGUCCCUGAUUUCGGCCGACUUUGGUCGUCAUGUUGGAGAGGCUGCGGGUCCGUUGCUCUACAAGAAGCGGCGGUCUCCGUUCAUCGGCGUCAAUAUGGCUCCGCGGACUUGGCUGCCAAAGGAGCUGGCUGUGCUGGAUGCAUUCUUUCUGGUCCUGGCUCUCGCUAGCAUUGGCACAAGCAUAUCUCUGGGCUUCUGGAACUCGCCUCACAGCGACUUGAUGUGGGCACUUGUGUUAUCUCCCCUGGGAACAUUGUUGCGCUUCCACCUCUCGGUCUUGAAUUCCAGGAUGCCCGCCUUUCCUCUUGGAACCUUCAUUGCAAACAUGAUCGGGACUGGGGUCAUCGCCGCCCUCUAUCUCUACAGCGCUUCGAUUGCCGGCAGCUGCACCCUUGUGCACGGGAUCGCCAACGGGUUUUGCGGCUGCCUGACGACCAUCUCGACCUGGAUUGUCGAGCUCAAGACCAUCCCAAGCAUAACCAAGGCCUACAUCUAUGGUCUAGCUUCAACCGUCGGCGGCCAGAUCCUGCUGGUGCUGAUCGCGGGGUCUCCGCUGCUGUUCCGCCCGCACGGGUCAGAGUGUCUGUGAAAGUCCCGCCAGCAUCGGCAGCAGCAAGGGAAAAGACAGCCUCUCCGCCAUGCAGCUCGAAGGGUCAAGGGGGCCUUUGGAGCCGUGCAGACGGUAAAGGGUAGCCCAUCCAGUCGCUCUUGGGCCUGGGCGGUAUCGAUGUGUGCGAGGGCGGAUGUGUGUGUGCAGCCGCAAGUAGAUAUCGUAUGCAUGGGCGAUGAUGCCAGCGAAUAUACGACGUCAGCGAGGCGACCAGCCCACCCAUGUGCAUUGUUGCGGAAACAUCGGGCAGAGGC